UUCAGGUCGUGAAUGAAAAUGGAAUUGAGCGGCAGUGGAGCUGGAGUAUAGAAACUGCUGUUUUCAACAUCACUCCCUGGCUCUGCUCCACACCUCAUAAAUAAUACCUCUCACCUAAUUUUAGCUACAGAAAGAAGCAAAAGGAAGCUGCCUGUGUCUUUCUUCAGCAAACCUAAGGUGCUCUGUCGGAGAGGCAGGACGGAGCACUCUGUGGCUGCAUUUUCUUUGUUUGCCACAGUUGCAGCAGUAUCUUGAUGGGGAAGCUGAUCUCCAAAGGCUGGCAAAAAAGAGAUGCUCAAGUUGUCAUGCUGGGGCUCGACUUUGCUGGCAAAUCCACCCUUCUCUACAAACUGAAGAGUGGCCAGGCUGUGGAGACCUGCCCGACGGUGGGCUUCAACGUGGAGUCUCUGCAAACACCCUGUGGCGUAUCCUUCACCCUCUGGGAUGUUGGUGGACAAGACAGCCUGCGGGCAAGCUGGCCUGGCUACCUGGAGGACAUCAACACCCUCAUCUUUGUGAUUGACAGCACAGACGUGGCCCGGCUGUCCGAAGCGGCGGCAGCACUGGAGGAAGCCCUGAGCCACCCCAGCAUGGCUGGCAUCCCCGUCCUCCUCCUGGCCAACAAGCAGGAGGUGCCAGGAGCACUGGCUCCUGCUGAGCUGGGGGAGAUGCUGCGGCAGGGGCGGCUGGCAGGGCACCGCUGGAUGCUCCAGGGAUGCAGCGCCCACACCGGCCAGGGCCUGCAAGAAGUCCUGGCCAUCCUGGGAGAGCUGCUGCGGGGCCCAGAGCCGAGCUCUGUAUCCCAAGAGCAGCCCAUCACAGGGCUGGUGGAGAGGAGAGAAGCUCCAGAACAAACCUGAAACUCAAGUGGACCCUCCCCACUCAUCGCUGCCAGCAGCUUUGUCACAGAGGAUUCCAGCCUCCAGGCACCCUCUAAAAUGAGCAGACCUGUAGCUGGCACACACUGUGAAACACCCAGCUUCUCACCACUGAAACCCACCUGGAGAACCUCUGAGCAAAGCUCCCAUCAUGGAGCAGGUUUGGCCUCAUCUCUUGGACUCUCAUCACUGGCUGCAGCUUAUCCCACUCUCACCAUGUUCUGCUCAUCCACUACACACUUGUGUCUGGAGCUUCAGCAGAGAUGUUUUUGCCAGAGCAAUAUAAAUUAUAUAUAUAAAUUAUAACAGAGACAUGUACAAGGGACAGAAGAGGUUUUCUUCUUUCUGCAGCUCCCAGCCCAGAUGCAGCCAUCCAGAUGGGGUAAUUCCCACAGCAGGGGAGCUUGAACACGCCCCACGCUGCUUCUCUCUCAACAUGAAUCACAUGUUCAUUGGCUGGGAAAGCAGGCAGACACUAAAAGGAGUGGCUGGAUGGGAGCAGUGUAAACUCAGGACUUCAAAUGGCUAAACAGCUAAUUGGCUUUAGUGUGGCAUCUGUAGGUAUAAUCUUCAAACCGUGGAAGCAAGUCAGGAUUCGAUGGUGUAUUGCGGUUUGAGGAUGUGUAUAUAUUAAUUUAUGCAUUUCUUGUAAUGUUUCCUUCUUUUUCCAUUCGUUAUUUUUGUCAAAUACCGAUUUCAUGACAAUGGUGCCUCAUUUUCCUAUUAUAUUUAAAUAUAGAGAAAUCAGACCUGACUUUUAGAUGCUUGCGAAUAUGUCUGCAUAG